AUGGAGAGGCUGCUUACCUGGAAGCUGAGCAGCUCCAGUGUGAAGCUGGAGAGGUGGCUGGCGGUGUCUAUAGGUGCUCACACACCUCAUUUAAUCACAGUCCUAACAGUUGUCGCCUACAGUGUGCUUCAAGAAGCUGUUUGUGUUUCCUUAGUGCAGCUGCCUGGUGCCCAGCUGACAGAGUUGAGGAGUCCCACUUUAAAUGGAGAGGAUAAAGCAAAGAAGUUCUCAGAGCUUCCUCCUCCGUACACUGCCAUUGCAAGCCCAGAUGCCAGUGGUGUUCCCGUAAUAAACUGCCGUGUGUGCCAGUCGCUAAUCAAUUUGGAUGGCAAGCUACACCAACAUGUUGUUAAGUGCACAGUUUGCAAUGAAGCUACGCCAAUCAAAAACCCUCCUUCAGGGAAGAAGUAUGUUAGAUGUCAAUGUAAUUGUCUUCUUAUCUGCAAGGAUACAUCUCGGAAAAUAGGCUGUCCACGACCAAACUGUAGACGCAUCAUUACUCUUGGUCCAGUAAUGCUGAUCCCAGAAGAGCAGCCAGCUCAGCCUGCCUUGCCAGUUCAACCAGACGGAACUAGAGUGGUAUGUGGGCACUGUGGAAAUACGUUCCUUUGGAUGGAACUGAGGUUUAACACCCUAGCAAAAUGUCCACACUGCAAAAAAAUUUCUUCUGUUGGAAGUGCACUGCCACGGAGGCGCUGCUGUGCAUAUAUUACAAUUGGAAUGAUAUGCAUCUUCAUUGGAGUUGGAUUAACU